ACAGAAUCAACGUGUACGCGCCUUGCCGGUUGUAAAUUUACUUGCCAGGGCGGUACAAAUCAUCUCGAUCCGUGAAACAUCGCAGGGUAGACCAGAUAUCGGGCAAACCACUGUACCUCAGUUGCCGACAGAGAAGUAACAAGUGUGGACACGUUUGGACCAGCCAGUGAAAUACAAGGAAUAAGUGUUCCUAUUGGUUAUCGGUUUAACGUAACCGUGACAACUCACUGAAACAAAUCGAAAGACCUUUGGCACGCGAUUAACGGGGUGAUUUCGGAGUGCAGCGCGCUAAAGAGAAAGCAUUGCCGUGCCGGUGCAACGGCGGUAGAAGCGCGGCCGCAACCGAAAGAAAGCCGCGCCAACCGCGUUGUUACGAGUCAGCCGAAAAACGAAACGCAACAAAGUGAUCAGUGACCUGCGGACAACGACGAAGUGGUGUGAGUCAACACACCAGAUUAAACCGCAGUAGGCAGAGAGGAACAAAGAAAAUCAUCCACACCAUAGCGUCGAGGAACCGUCGAGAAAGCUAAAAUAUUGGUGAGAGUGCGCUUCGCUUUCGGCCGGAACCAGUGCGCGCUGGUCCUCCUUCAGUGGUGUUUCUGAACCAAAAGUACAGUGCCUUAUUACCAGCGUACAAAAUGUGCAUUUUGUUUGUUUACGUUGCCGAUGACAGCGACACCGCGGGCCGAUACCGGCUGAUCUUAGCUUCGAACCGCGAUGAAUUCUACGCCCGACCUGCACUGGGUGCUGCACCUUGGAAGGAGAACCCGCGGAUAAUCGGUGGUCGGGAUAUGGAACCGGGGCGCGAGGGUGGUACGUGGCUCGCGAUCGGCAAUCAUCCCGAGGGACGCAUUAAACUGGGCGCCCUGCUGAACGUAACCGGUGAAACGAAGGCAAACGUUACCAACGGACGGGGGCCUAUCGUGGCCAACUUUCUAUCCGGUGCGCUAUCGAACCGAGAAUAUAGCGAGCAGCUGCUCCAGCAGGACAACUUUGGCGCAUUCAAUCUGGUUUCGAUAGAGCUGAACACGCGCAAGGUGCAGAUAGGAGAUGCCGAUGGAAUUGCGGAACAGAAUCGCACCACGACCCCGAUUCUGCACACCAGCAACGCCCCGCAUAACAUCGCCGAGUGUAAGGUUGGCGUAGCGCUAGGGUUUGGCAACAGCACACUCGAAAAGCCGCUGCAGAAGGUAUGCCGGGGUAAGGAACGAUUUGCGGAGAUUGUGGCCAAACAGAACGUCCCAUUUGUGGACAAAGAUGCCUUUGUGGACGAGUUAAUGGAACUGCUGAAAAGUGAUGUGCGAUAUUUCCCCGACCCAGAGCUAACGCGUCGAGCUGGGCAGCACGCGGAAUAUCUGUCGAGCAUUAACGUUCGAAUGCCGAAUGCAACCUACGGCAGCCGUACCCGUACCGUCAUCCUGAUCGAUUAUCAAAACCAGGUGGAGUUUGUGGAGGAAACGCUGAUCGGUACUGAUCCACAAAAUGACCAAUGGAAGACGACUCGAAUCGUGCGGGAUUUUUGUUAA